AUGUCCGAUAAACUUACUAAGAUAGGCCAAAGACUUGAACAUAUAAAGAGCAACACUUUUGAGAACUUUCUAUCAACUAGUGCUCAAAUUAACCGUGAAGAAGAGGACGAUCAAUCUUCUAGAUCAGCGAGGGUGGCUGGUUUGGAAAAGAAGCUUGAUUUUGUGCUCAAUAUGGUGCCUAAGAUAACUGAGGUGUGUGCCAUUUGCAACAUACCAGGUGCAACUCAAGAAGAGAAUGAGAAACCAAAUGACGAACCAAGCAAUGUCACUUCUUCAUUUGAAUCACCAAAUCUCCACAAGGUUGAAAAACCUUACACUCCUCCCAUCCCAUUUCCUAGAAGACUUGCCAAAAGCAAGCAUGAUAAGUCAUUUAAAGAAAUUUUUGAUAUUUUAAGUAAAGUGAAUGUUAAUUUACCAUUGCUUUAUGUCUCCAACAACUAUAAGAGGAAGUAUGGACCUAAUGAGAAGGUGAUAGUGUCUGAAAAUGUGAGUGUUGUGCUUCAAAGAAAGCUCCCACCAAAACUCAAAGAUCCAAGCAGUUUUUCUAUCAAUGUCACUAUUGGAGACAAGUUAGUUGACAAGGCUAUGCUCGAUUUGGGUGCUAGCAUCAAUCUAAUGCCUUAUUUAGUGUAUUUUCAACUAGGUUUGGGGGAUUUGAAGGCAACAACCAUUUCAUUGCAACUUGCUGAUUGA